AUGUUUCGCUUGUUCAUCGCCGUCUUCUCCUCCGCAUUAACAGUUCUGGUGGCACGAACUGCGCAUGGUGGUUGCAUCGCGCCUGUGCUUCUGCAGAGGCAGCAGGCAUUGAGUGAUCAUGCUACUUUGUCUUCAGCAACAAAGGAGCCCACAUCAAAACGGAAGGAGGUCAGCGCGACCUCGCCUGCGCUGCACGCAACUGUCAACUUCAACUCCACGAAGGUGGACUUGGCAGGUCCGCAAGGUGGCGCGGAUCCUGCUGACGUACAUGCGAAGAAGGGGAAGGAUGCGGAGGAAAUCCUCAAGAUUCUCAAGGACAAGCUGGACAAGGAAGCAGAUGUAUGCAAGUCUAGUCCUACAGAUGCUUUUGUAAAUGUCAUCCAGGGGAGUGCUGCCAACAUCGAUACUGUCUCCCUUGACAUGACGAAUGCCUUUGCUGAUGGUGAGGUGUUGGAAAUCCUUGUGACGGCCAUGACGAUGGAUGGUGCAUACGUUGAAGGCUCCGGCUUCUGGGCGGCCCUCGGUGAGAGCACGGCCACCCGCCUGGUCCUGCAGCUGGACCGCGUCAGGUCGGUGAUCGACAUCUACCAGCCUCCCACGAGCUUCCGAACCACCGACCGCCAAAGCCAGGCAGAGGUUGCCCUUGGAGUGGGAGAUGGUUGGCUGGAUGUGCUCCCUUUGCAGCCUUGUGCCCCACCAAUGGCUCAGAAGGUGAUCGUAGACGCCAGCCAGAUGGUGUCGCAAAUGUUCUUCACGUACUCGCUGCAGAGUUGGACAAGCUACCGUAUUGUCGAAGCGGAGGCCUUCCCGCAGAACUUCGACAUCGUCGUGGAGUACCUCAGCUCGCCGGCGCCCGUGAUCUUGGGCUUCUCGGUGGUCCAGCUUCCAGCGGUUCCAAUGAAGCCUCGACUUGCCGACGACCGCUUGCUCUAUUUCACAACAGACUUCUUGGAUGUGGGCUAUCACCGAGCGGACGUGCACACUCUGCCAAGUGAGGCCGUGGACCGGGAGAUGUCCCUGAUUUGGCGCUGGGAUUUGGCAAAGCUUCCGAAUCGGACGAUUAGGAUGCACGUCGAUCCGACGGUACCGCUUCGCUGGCAAAUGUGGGUCAAAGAAGGUAUCGAGGCCUGGAAUUCUGCAUUCCAAGCACUGCGGAUGCCAGCAUCACUGAGAGCAGUUCUGCCAGGGGAUGACGAUUGGCCGCAGGACUACAGCAUGGCAGAUGCACGCUACAAUUCCAUCUACUGGACGCUUUCUGAUGAGAUCUCCAGUAUUGGUGUUGCCCAGGUGGAUCCGAGAACCGGUGAGAUUCUGAAGGCCGACAUCAGCAUGAGUGGCGGUUGGGUGUGGGCUUGGCUCUCGGAGCUGGACCUCCUCACGGCCAACACGACGCACCAGGAUCGCCUGGCACUCCUGGCCCAAGGUGCCAAGAAGGCGCACCCACACAGGCCCAACAAAAGGCGGAUGGUGAAGUCGCACACGCGUCACGACGACAUCCGGAGCUCUCCUCCCUCCGCGGAGACGGGCCACACUUCCCAGCUGCCACAACGCGGCACGCCGGGCCCGCUGCUGCUCUCUAUGGGGCAGCCCCUGACGGCACUGCAACUCGAGGUCCUGAUGGGAGAGGGCCUGAAGAGUGUGGUCAUGCACGAGAUGGGCCACAUCCUGGGCCUGAGGCACAACUUCAAGGGCAGCACUGCCAUCAGCCAGAAAUGCUUGCAGAACCGGAGCUGCACUGCCGUCCAUGGUCUCUCGGCAAGCAUCAUGGACUACCUGCCCAUGAACCUUCCGCAGCCGGGGCGGGAGCCCAACUCUGUCCACAUUUUCCCACCAACCAUAGGCGCCUACGACAAGCUUGCCAUACGUUAUGGGUAUUCGGAGCCUUCUGACUCACCUGCAGACGCUUUCUAUGGGCUCGGGGCUAUGUUGGAGGAGGCGAAGGCCUUUGAUGUUUGCUAUGACGCGGACGAAGAGUUGGGUGAGGAUCCCUUCUGUAUGGCCGAAGAUCUCGGUGAGGACCCUGUGGCUUUCCAUGAGCAGCGCCUCAAGCGAAUCGCUCAAGCCCAGAGCGAGCUGCACAAGCGCUACGUGCAGGCGGAUGGCCCGUGGCGCAACUAUGGCAAGUCCUUGAGCUCUUUGCUCAGGGAAGCAGAAUUCGCGGGCCACAGCCUCAUAGCUUGGGUUGGUGGCAUUCGCAACAGCUAUGCCCACCGCGGUGCAGUGUGGAAUGCAAGCAAGGCGCGUCGACCUGUGCCUCUUCAGAUGCAGCGCCGUGCGCUGGAGGCACUUCUGAAGCUACUCCGACCCGAUACAGCUGGCUUGUUGCCGCCAGCAGAGGCACUGCCGUUUGCAGUGACGGGAGAGGAGGAUUCGUUGAGUAGCCUGGACCUCGUGCGACUGUCUGAGAAGCUCAUCAAAGAGCUCCUGGGCAAGCUCCUUUCAUCAGAGCGCUUGCUGCAGGUCCGGAAGCAGGAGCUCCUCCUAGACCAGAACGCCCCAGAGAAUGCUGCCUUGACGGUGGAGGAGUUUCUCACCAGGCUGAGCGACGGCAUCCUCGGCGGCUUCCACCUGAAUCUGGGCCACGAAGAGGCCUCGGCUCCACGGACCGCGGAGAUGACACUUCAGCUGGAGUUUGUUCGUGGCAUGACGGCCCUGUACCAUGAGAAGGAGCUCCCGGCCUCGCUGGAGGCGCAGCUCCUGCUCCAGCUGCGUCAGCUGCGUCGUGACACCGCCGCCGCGGAGCAGCGCCUUCAAAGUGCAACGGCCGCUUCGAAAUCCAUGGAGUGGCCGACUCUCUUGGAGGUGCAUGUGACACUGCUCAGUCGCGAGCUGGCUUCAGCGCUGUGCCGAAAGGGCAACGAGGAGUGCAAGGACUCCAAAUCUGCCGGGCAGCGGGUCACUUCUCAUUUCCCGGCCUUGGCACUGGCAUUCAUGGCACUCGCUUCCACUUUGUGCUGA